AGCGAGUGACCGCUCGGAAUAAUCAAAUCUCGUGCGCAAGUCUCGCCGGCUCUCAUGGGACUCGGUCACUCGUCGCGUUGUUUGCUGUUACGGCGGAAGAUGGCGGAGGCGGACGGCUGCGAGCGGCACCAGGCCGUCACCUCCCACUUCUCCCAGUCGGCCCAGCGGCCCUGCACAGCCAAACCAGUGCCUGCCGCCCACCACCAGCACCAACACGUGCCCCGCGUGGCCUCCCAACAGGGCGGCUGUCCCACUCGAGGCAGGGGGACCAAAUUCAUCAGCCCUGAGGAGAUGACGUCACGAGAUUACUACUUUGACUCCUACGCCCACUUUGGCAUCCAUGAGGAGAUGCUGAAGGACGAAGUGCGUACGCUCACCUACCGCAACGCCAUGUAUCACAACAAGCAUGUGUUCAAGGACAAGGUGGUGCUGGACGUCGGGAGCGGCACAGGAAUCCUGUCCAUGUUUGCCGCCAACGCUGGCGCCAAACACGUCUACGGGAUCGAAUGUUCCGGGAUAUCGGAAUAUUCGGAGAAGAUCAUCAAGUCCAAUCACCUGCACAAUGUCAUCACCAUCUUCCAGGGCAAGGUAGAGGAGGUGGAGCUUCCGGUGGACAAAGUGGACAUAAUCAUCUCCGAGUGGAUGGGCUACUGCCUCUUCUACGAGUCCAUGCUCAAUACCGUCAUCUUCGCCAGGGACAAGUGGCUGAAACCAGGAGGCCUGAUGUUCCCGGACCGGGCAUCCCUCUACGUGGUGGCCAUCGAAGACAGGCAGUACAAAGACUUCAAGAUCCAUUGGUGGGAAAACGUAUACGGCUUCGACAUGAGCUGCAUUCGCAACGUGGCCAUCAAGGAGCCUCUGGUGGACGUGGUGGACCCCAAGCAGGUGGUCACCAGCCCCUGUCUACUAAAGGAAGUGGACCUCUACACGGUGAAGCCGGACGACCUGACCUUCACGUCGGCGUUCUGCCUCCAGGUGCAGCGGAAUGACUACGUGCAUGCACUGGUCACCUACUUCAGCAUUGAGUUUAGCAAGUGUCACAAGAAGACGGGAUUCUCCACCGCGCCGGACGCGGCGAGCACGCACUGGAAGCAGACAGUCUUCUACUUGGAGGACUACCUGACGGUAAAGAAAGGCGAGGAGAUAUUCGGCAGCAUCGCCGUCAGGCCCAACGAGAAGAACGUGCGGGACCUAGAGUUCACCCUGGAGCUGGACUUUAAAGGCCAGCUGUGUGACGCUGCCAUCUCCCACGACUACAAGAUGCGUUAAGCGCUCAAAAACAACCAUCCCUGCCCUGAGCGCCCUCCCUCGUCCGUAUGAGCGAGC